CCAAAUUGUGAAUUUGGAACUGUAGGAAUGCGUCAUGAACUGCUACUUGUUCAUGUAUGGAGUUGACAUCAUUGAUGAUAUGGUAAACAUCUCAGGUCAAGCCACAAAAGAUGGAGCAUCGAUGUCGGAUCUUGGACGCGUGGCAAACACCCAACGGAACCACGGCUGAGACGGCAACGGAGUUAGUUUCCUUCUUUCCCGCUUGAUUUCUCCCUCCCCUCCGAUCCUACAGCGUUUGCCAUUCAAUCAGAAAAAUUCUUCAAACCCAAUCUUCAAAAAUUAUUAUUUUAACCACAUAACCCCAUACUUUGCCAAUUAACAAAGAUUCAUUUGAACCUUUGUUCACCUUGCACCUCCCUUUUCAGGUUGGGCUUGGCUCUAUCAUGUUUCGCCAAUCUCAUACCAAGAAUCGGGAAAUCGUGAUUGAGUGGUUAAACAGUAUUCUUCCUGACCUCAGUUUGCCAACUGAAGCCUCUGAUGAAGAGUUGAGAGCUUGCUUGAUUGAUGGCACUGUUCUAUGUGAAACCUUGAACAUCCUUAGGCCUAAUUCUCCAAACGAGGAAGUGUAUCCUGAAAAUUCUUCAGUAUCGCAGUCAGAAAAUGUUAAACUGUUUUUGGCUGCUAUGGAUGAGAUGGGAAUACCCAGAUUUGAGCUACCAGACCUAGAGAAGGGAUCUAUGAAGACUGUAGUCAACUGCCUUUUAGCACUAAAAAUACAUUUCAUAUCAUCUGUAGAGGACUUAUCUGCCAUAAGUACCAUUACGAAAGCUGAAAGCAUUGAUGGGGAUGCAUCAUCCCCUGGCAGUCGCCCACAAUUAUCUGAUGAAGAAAUGAGGAAGGCUUCCCCCGGAUCAAAAUUCCAAUGUGACAUGCACAGUCCUGUAAUUCCAGAACUGCCAGCCACAGUUCUGCAGAAUGUUGGGCACAAGUUCCAUGAAGCGUUUCAGUUAAAACAAGUGUGUUAUGCUGAGCUCCCUGUGACAAAAAUUCUAGAAAUGAUGGAAUCAAAAAAUUUAGAAAAUGCGCCAACUCAGUCACUUUUAAAUAUUGUGUAUGGUAUUUUGGAUGAAAGUGUUGAAGCAAAGAACGGUGAAAUACCUAAUCAUGUGGCUUGUCUACUGAUAAAGGUUGUGCAGGAGAUUGGACGGCGUCUAUCUACUCAAGCAGAUCACCUAAGAACUCAAAACAAUAUUUACAGGGCUCAUGACGAAAAGCACCGGUCGAGAAUCAGAGAACUUGAGGCCCUUGUAUCUGCAACUCGUAAAGAGACUAAGCAGCCCACAAACCAGCCUCAGAUUAAGAGUAGAAGAAAAAAGAACAGUUCUUGGUUUUCAAGCUGCUUCCGUCCAACUCGCUCACAGUCACAGUCUUUCCUUACCUUUCUGGAAAUUUCUGGAAUGAUGCAGAAAUUUUACUCCAUGGAAAUAGAAGCAGAGGCAAAGGCUGCUAUAACAGUACUUCAGAUGAAGAUAAAAGAUCUUGAGUACCUCCUUUCAGAAUCAAUCAAUAAGGUGAAAGAUCUUGAAUCAAGUUUAGAGUCAAAACGCCAGAGUUGGGAUAUGAAAGAGAAGAUCUACCAAAGCUCUAUUGAUUUUCAGUUUGAAGCAAUGCAGGAUUUGAGGUCAAUUUCCCUAGCCAUUAAGCAAGAAAUUUUGGAAACAAAGAAGAGCUAUUCUUAUGAAUUUAAUGAAAUAGGAUCAAAGUUUAAAGCAUUAACAGAUGCGGCUGGGAACUAUCAUGAAGUCCUGGCUGAAAAUCGAAAGCUUUUUAACGAGCUACAGGAUUUGAAAGGGAAUAUUAGAGUUUUUUGUCGAAUAAGGCCAUUUCUGCCUGGACAAACCGGAAAAAUGUCGGUUAUAGAAAGUAUCAGUGAAAAUGGACAGUUGGUUAUUGCAAAUCCCUCCAAGCCAGGAAAAGAUGGCCAACGGUCAUUUAAGUUUAAUAAAGUCUUUGGUCCAGAUGCUACUCAAGGGGAAGUGUUUUCAGAUAUUCAACCUUUCGUUAAAUCAGUAGUUGAUGGAUAUAAUGUCUGUAUAUUUGCUUAUGGUCAAACUGGUUCUGGGAAAACCUAUACAAUGACUGGUCCUAAUGGAGCCACUGAAGAGGAAAGGGGUAUUAAUUAUCAUGCUUUGAAUCAUCUCUUCAGUCUCUCUCAAAGUAGAAGAAACCACAUUCUCUAUGAAGUUGGGGUUCAAAUGGUUGAAAUAUAUAAUGAACAAUUGCGUGAUUUAUUAUCCAGUGAUGGUUCUCCUAGGAAGGUUGGGAUUACAACUAUCUCUCAACCUAAUGGGUUAGCUGUACCUGAUGCUAGCAUGCACGCUGUUAUAUCACCCUCGGAUGUUCUAGAUUUAAUGGAUAUUGGAUUCCAGAAUCGCGCUGUUGGUGCUACUGCUCUAAAUGCAAGGAGCAGUCGCUCUCACAGUGUAGUCACAGUUCAUGUUCGUGGGAAGGAUUUAAAGACCGGAACUGUAUUGUAUGGUAAUCUUCAUUUAGUAGAUCUAGCAGGCAGUGAAAGAGUAGAUAGAUCUGAGGUAACUGGAGAUAGGCUUAGGGAAGCACAACAUAUAAACAAAUCAUUGUCUUCCCUUGGAGAUGUAAUUUUCGCUCUUGCACAAAAGUGUCCACACGUGCCGUACAGAAACAGCAAGCUCACUCAAGUUCUUCAAAGCUCACUUGGAGGCCAGGCAAAGACCCUUAUGCUUGUGCAGCUCAAUUCCGAUGCCAGUUCCUAUUCCGAAACUAUUAGUACUUUGAAGUUUGCUGAACGGGUUUCUGGAGUUGAGCUAGGCGCUGCACGAAGUAGGAAAAGAGGAAAGGAUGUUAGGGAGUUAAUGGAGCAGAUUGCAUCUCUCAAGGAAACAAUAGCCAGAAAAGAUGAGGAGAUCGAUCAGUUGAAAUCACUUAAAAGAUCUACACAUGGAUACCGCAGCAUCAACGGUGAGCAGCAAGGAAUAGGCUGAUUGAG